AUUUAUAAACGCUUCAAGCACAGACAAAAAAAGGACCCUCUCUACCUCUAAAAAUCUCCUUCUAUUAGCACAAAAUCAAACCCUAAAAGGAUUUUAAAUAAUACAUUAGGGCUCGCAGCUAGCUAGCCAUGGCCUUAGAAAAGUUAGCCAUGGCUAUGGUAAUGGUUACAGUAAUGGCGCUGGUUGAAGCUAUUGAUGGAAGUGUACACAUGGUUGGAGACUCUGCUGGUUGGACCUCCAUUAAUGCUGUUGUUGAUUAUAAACAGUGGUCUGCUACUAAAACUUUCAAAGUUGGUGACAUUAUUGUAUUCAAGUACAAUAAUCAAUUCCACAACGUGAUGAGAGUUACGCAUGCAAUGUACAAGACUUGCAACGUAUCAGCUCCGUUAGCAACUUACACCACCGGCAACGAUUCCAUCACCAUCAAAACGCGCGGCCACCACUUCUUCUUUUGCGGUGUUCCCGGACAUUGCCAAGCCGGCCAGAAGUUAGACAUUAAUGUCCCUCGCAUUGAUCAACAACCGUCGCCGACGCCGUCUGCUUCAGCUUCUCCGACGACUUCUGUAUCGGAAGCGGCCUCUCCUCCGGUUCCGGCUGCAAGAGUUCCAGGCCCUUCACUUAAUUCUGCCGUCUCUUUUAAGGCCGUCAAUGGGCAUUUUGGUAAAAUUGCUUUGGCAAUUAUUUUUGGGUUUAUUUUUCUUGCUUAAUAAUUUAAUUGCUACAUAGUUUUGGGUUAUUGAUUGUUGUUGAAACUUUCUAAGAAUUAUGUAAUGAUGUUAUAGGGUUUUUGACA